AUGAUAGCUUUAUUUGAUUAUAAUCCAAAUGAACAUUCACCAAAUGCAAAUUCUAAAGAUGAAUUAUCAUUUCAUUCUGGUGAUAUUAUAUAUGUACAUGGAAAUAUUCAUGAUGAUGGAUUUUAUUCUGGUGAAUUAGAAAAUGGUAAAAAAGGUUUUGUACCAUCGAAUUAUCUUAAAGAAAUAUCCAAUGAAAAUACAAUAGAAAAAUCUACUGAAUCAAAUGAAAAACAAGAAACAUCAACAAAUGUAAAUAAUAACAAUAAUGAAACAACAACAAAUGUAAAUAAUAAUAAUGAAGCAACAACAAAUAUAAAUAAUACUAAUGAAACAACGACAAAUGUAAAUAAUAAUAAUGAAGCAACAACAAAUGUAAAUAAUAAUAGUGACGCAACAACAAAUAUAAAUAAUAAUAAUGAAACAACAACAGAACAAACAGCCGAACAACCACCAGCUCCUUCUACUGAACCUCCCAAAGCUGGAUUUUUCGAUCGUUUUAAAAAUACAUUUUCAUGGAAUUUAAAUGAACCGAUUUAA